UCUCUUAUUUCUGAAUUACCAUGACAGUCUUUCACACGAUUGCUGAGGAACUUCUUUGAGUGUUGUCACCUCUUUAAUGUUUUAGGCUGUAUAAAAAAAUAUUGAUUUGAUUUUUAAUUUUAGGGCAUUAGGAUCCCUUUCAAGUAUUGACCUGACUAGGAAUAAUUACAAGAGCAAAGCUGGUUUCAGUGUUUCUAUGACUGCCUGGGUAUUGUUAAGAGAGACAAGUAAAUGUGUCAACCUAUCAGUGGUAUUAGAUGCAUCUUUUGUUACAAAUACAUGUAUGAUACAUGAAAGAUUUAAAUAUCUUUACAGGAUGAUGAAGAUGUCAGAAAGAAUCUUGAGCUGGUGUGUGUCUUUCCUCCUUGUCCUGACCUAUGUGUCAGCUGUAAAACAACUCAAGACAAUCAAACAGUUGAAGAAAAUCGACUUUGGCCAAUCUGUGCCCAAGCACAGUCUUAUCCUGCUCCACUGGUUUGCCAACACAGUUGAAAUUGACAAUAACAAUGUAAUACAGCUGACUUUUAAUCCAAAUAGUGAUUAUGGCUCACAUCAUUACGGCAACUACGAGAGGCUGUUGGACCCACUUCCUCGGGGAUACCGGUACUACACUGUUGGCAAUCUCAAUGAAGACAUGUUGGUUCAACUUCCAAAUUAUGUUGUCCAUCCCCCAAUGGAGUACGAGGGAGGAAACAGGGACAGGAUCAUAUUUAGAGCACAUGGGCAGAGGAUGGACCAGGUGUACAUCACACAGCAUUAUGAUGUUUCUGAACAUCAGGGGACACCUUAUGAUCAAGACCAUACCUACCAGAUCACAAUUAACCUCUUAAGACAGAUCAGAGAGUUUUCUGUGAGGGAUGGCCAGCGGCCACUGGUGCAUCUUAGAAACCGCUAUGCAAGUAACGCUGAUGAUGGCUACAUCAGACACACAUGGGGCAACCUUGCUUGCCUUGGACUGUUCUUGUUUAUUGUGAUCGAGGAAAAGCACUUAUUGAACCAAUGCAACAACAGACCAAAAAACAACAAACCAGAAGCAAACAACAGACCACACAACAACAAAAGAGCGGAACACAACAACAGACCAGAAAAUGACAAGAGCUGGGAAGUCAACAACUGUCUGUGCAUCAGCAGACAGACUUGUUGCUAUGCAUUUAGGAUCUGCUGUAUUUUAAUAUUAAUUUUUGUAUUCAUUGUUUUUUGGGCAAUUAGACGUUAACCAAAUUAUUUCAGCUUCUGUCUGAGAGAAAUCUCAUGAAGCAGGAGCACUGGAGGCACUGGUAUUAAAAAAGUGUUUUUAAUUUUUAUGACAAUAGUUUUCAGGUUCAAUUCUCACUUGCUGUUUUGGUGUGGAGGGGAUGGUUUUGAGGAGAGGGACAAAGCGACCAUGAUAACAUGCUUGUGAUUAAAGGCCAAAUACUUUAAAUCACCCUUCUGAAACUGUGUGCUUUGAAGGGCUGAGAGUCAUCAGGGUUUCGUUCCUACCCAGUCAGUCAUUCAACUUUUUUCCGACUACAGCUCCAGUGUAAACACUCAGUCAUAAGCACAUCUUCCUCACCAAGAGAGGAGGUGGUGAUCCAUCAAUAAAGGUGGCAUCAUUUUUGCUGAGACUAAAAAACUGCAGACUUUGACCAACCUGGCACUGUUUGAGACAUCUGUUGCUAAUAAUUUAGAAUGAAUGAUAAUUUUGUCCACCUGUAAAUAUUUCAAAAACAAACAAAAGGGAAGUUUAAAAGGGUUGUGUGCUGAUGGAUGUAUAGACAAAGUGAAAGACUCUGUGGUCUCAUAAGGACAGUUCUGAGCCUUUAUUGAUAAUGUAUGUACGUGAAUUAUGUCUGUUUUCUUCUGUGGUGUUGGUAAUUGUGUAUAUUAAACUAUAAUGUGUCGACCAUAAACCCAUGUCAAUUUUACUUUAUCUUAAGUUCAAGGAAA